GCGUGUUGGAAGAAGCUCGAUAAUAGCGAUAUAUAGCUCGGUCAAGUCAGCUGACACCCAGGAUCCCCAGGAUGCAAUCGCCCGUCGCUCGCGGACUGUAAUGAGAUCGCUCCGUUAUCGCGUGAGACAUUAAGGAUCGCAUUCGCGGGAAAGAAGCGCGCGUUCUCUCCUCUCGCGCGACUCGCGAACCGAGUUGGGUGCGUGAGGAAUUUGUGUAAAUUUGAGUAUUGGCCAGAGAGCAAAGGAGGCCACCAUGCCGCUCCAUACAGAUAUGUCUACGGCGCUCCACAUACUGGAAAGCAUGCAGGAACGGGUGGAGAAAAGUGGCAAUUCUAAGCUGAAGGCGAACACGGCGAAGCAUUUCAAGACAUUGAUUUCGUUGUUGGAGGAUCCAGUAUUUCGCGGCAUAAUCAUGAUUCAAGACUCCUUGAACGAAUUGAAUACGCAAUUGGUGCAACAUCCGUCUAUCUUGCCCGGAGACUUUGACAUUAACCUCAGCGGGCAGCUGGAACUUUCUAUUCCAAGUACGCCUACGGUGCAGCCUCUCGGGCCAAACAUGUAUCAGGAUCUGUACCAAGAUAGCAGCGAGCUGGAAGAUCAGAGAGUUCCAGUCGCUCCGUUACUACACAGCAGCAGCGAGGACACGAGUGCUCAGGUCACUAGUCCCAGUCUUGUCUCAGAAGUUAUGGGGAUGCCGCCUAUAACUACCCCUACUUAUGCAAAGGAGUUUAAGAAAGUCAUCGAAGCUGCGGCGAAAGGACGGCAAAUAUUCACAGUGCAGCUGUAUAAACCGGAAGGAACCAGCUUGGGAUUCAGCGUGGUCGGACUUCGGGGCAAUGAGAAGAACGAGCUUGGCAUAUUCUUACAAGAGAUACAACCAAACGGCAUCGCGGGCUGCGACGGUCGUCUGUUAGAGGGAGAUCAAAUAUUGGCGAUCGAUGGGCAGCCCUUAGACUCCAACAUCUCCCAUGAGCAGGCGAUCUCGAUUCUUCAGAAGGCCCGUGGUCUGGUUGAGCUAGUCGUAGCAAGAAGCGCCCAAGACGUUGGGAGCUCUUUGCCAACGGAUGAAUUGUCCGGUGGUUCGAGUUCGACAGCGGCCGCAGGAGCAGCGUCGUCCAUCGUCGGCGGCGGCGGCGGUGCCGUUGCUGGGAACAACCAGACAAGCUCCGACAAGGAUCAAUCGGUGUCAGCAUCGUCCACCGUCGUUACACCGGGACCGACUCCGAAGUCAAGCCAACCGACCAGCACCACUUCGGCGGCGACACCGACGCCCACGAAUACGCCAACACCUACGCCGACCCCGACACCGAUACCUGGAGGCCUCGUUAUCGAAAGGAGCCCCUCCGCCGUCAGCGACGCCUCCAAGAGUGGCUCUGACAUGGUGUUGAAUACGGAAUGGGCUCAAGUUGAAGUGAUAAAUCUCAUCAACGAUGGCAGCGGUCUUGGAUUCGGCAUUAUCGGCGGACGUAGCACCGGCGUCGUCGUCAAAACCAUUCUUCCAGGAGGCGUUGCCGAUCGCGAUAAUCGACUCCAGAGCGGGGACCACAUAUUGCAGAUCGGCGAUGUCAAUCUCCGUGGGAUGGGAAGCGAACAAGUUGCCGCGGUUUUACGACAAUCCGGCACCCACGUGCGACUGGUCGUCGCGCGACCUGUGGAGCCGACUUCUCCGGAUUAUCAGGCACUCGGAAGUCACGCCCCGAUCGUACCAACGAAAAUCCUGGGGGACCCGGACGAGCUGGACAGACAUCUGGUGCACAGCGUGCCAGAGAGCUACAACAUGCGACACGUGCAGAGGGGCGAUGCCAGCUAUGACAACGGCUACAUGUACUCGCAGGAGUCCGACAUUGAAAUGCACGCAAGACCCGGUCUCAUCAUGGACGUGGUACGCAACCCAAUGCCAAUUGGAGCGAUGCCAGUUAUACCGGCGGUGCCACUUCCGGUGCAGCUCCAGGAUCUCCCGGUGCUCACCAUGGAGCCCCUCGACAUUAAUUCACUGCCAGAGAUGGAGCGUUUCGAGGUCGAUCUCACGAAGGACGCUUACGGCCUCGGGAUCACUAUCGCUGGAUAUGUUUGCGAAAAAGAGGAACUCUCUGGAAUCUUCGUUAAGAGCAUUAGCGAGGGUAGCGCGGCCGACUUGAGCAAUAAGAUCCAGAUUAAUGACCGAAUAGUGGAGGUCGACGGCCACUCCCUGCAGGGCUACACUAAUCAUGAGGCCGUUGAAGUGUUAAGGCGCACAGGGCAAACGGUGACCCUCUGCUUGGAGCGAUACCUUCGUGGACCAAAGUUCGAGCAGCUUCAGCAAGCGAUCGCCGCAAGCGAGUUGAGAUUACCUCAACCCAGUUCACCAUCAAUAACGAGCCUACCUAGUUUCCCCAUGAGCGCGGAUGGAGAGACCACCACUGAAAUAGAGGCGGAAGGUGAAUCCCAUACUACCGUGGACAGCGCGGUUCUGCAGGAAGGAGAACGUUUAAGGACGUCUGAUGAACACGACGAGGCGACCAACGUUGAAGCUUUAUUGAGCGAUCCAUCAAGCGAGCUUACGCCUCAAAUUCGCGCGGCGAUCAAAGCGAAAUGGCAGAAAAUUGUCGGACCCGAUACUGAGAUAGUGGUCGCACAGCUGAAGAAGUUCGCCGAAGGUAGCGGUCUCGGGAUUAGCUUAGAGGGGACGGUCGAUGUGGAGAACGGUCAGGAAGUAAGGCCUCAUCAUUAUAUACGUUCGAUCCUGCCGGAGGGCCCCGUCGGACAAAACGGCACCCUGCGCUCCGGUGACGAAUUGCUAGAGGUAAACGGCUACCGUUUAUUGGGCAUCAAUCAUAUGGAAGUGGUUAGCGUGCUGAAAGAGUUGCCUAUACACGUUCGCAUGGUUUGCGGAAGAAACAUCGCCUCGCAAGAUCCACUUUGUCCUAUCGACACCGCUCAACAUCAGGCCGCUUUCCAGACUAGAAGCAUCCUCGGUGGGUCUCUGCAAAACUUGUUGCCCACGAUGGAUCGCCUUGUGAAAGCAAAGUCGGACGGUUCCUUGGCUUCGACGACGACCACGGCCACGGUGACUGACGCGAGUCUAAAUAAAAUGAAGUCGCGCUCGUUGGAACCGCUAACCGGUCUGGCGAUGUGGAGUUCCGAACCGCAAAUUAUCGAAUUGGUUAAAGGAGAGAGGGGCCUUGGGUUCUCCAUUUUGGAUUAUCAGGAUCCAAUGAACCCCAACGAAACUGUGAUAGUAAUACGAUCGCUCGUGCCCGGCGGGGUGGCACAGGUCGACGGGCAGUUAAUACCGGGCGAUCGGCUUCUGUUUGUGAAUGACAUCGGAUUAGAGAACGCAACAUUGGACCAGGCCGUGCAGGCCCUCAAAGGCGCCCCGAAGGGGACCGUUCGCAUCGGCGUGGCCAAGCCGCUGCCAAUACCAGACAGUAUUGUCCAGCAGAAGGUGACGCCGAAGAUCAAACGAAGCAAAAGUUUUCCCAAUGAGAGCGAGACGACCGAUCACAUGGCCGAGCUGGAAGACUUGCUUUCUUCGAGAUCAGGGCUGACCGAAACCUCGACGAACAAACCGGAGAUCGACGAGGACGAGGAGGAGGAAGAGGAGGAUCACUGGAAGGACGCUUCUCCGCUGACGCCGAUCUGCAGUCCGGCACGACGGCCCGCCAAACUCUAUCAUCGCGACAAACGAUCGCCUACCAGAUACGUUGAUGUCGACAACGACGUCGAGAUCAUUCACGAAUUCUAUCCCACCACGUCCAAGACGAUGCGCGAGGAGACGAGCAUCGUGUCGUACGGCGGCACGAUAAUCGUGGAGACGACGAGGAUACCCAGGCACGCCAAGGACGUGCCGACGAGGGUGGAAAAGGUAGCACCGAAGGUGAAAUUAAAGAAGCAAUCGUCCCUGGAGUUGGAUCGCGUGCCUCCUGUUCAAGAAGAGCCGUCUUCCAGCGCGGAGGAAACGUCCAAGGUUACCGCGACAACGAGAUCGGUGCGAGAGGCGGAUCAGGAACGCAAGAAGAGUUUAAAGCGUCACAGCAGCGCGGAAUCCGAAGGACGAACGUCCACGUCGAGGGAGACGCUGGAGAAGUCGGACACAUCGUCGGAGAAGGGCGCCAAGAAGAAGGUCUUCACGGAGAAGGCAGACGGUAAAAAGCGAUCGAGGAAAUCGAGCAAGAAAUCCGUCAAGGCCGAACAGAAGGUGGAGGAAGAUUUGUCGAGGCGGAAACACGAAGGCGAGGAGUUUGCGAGGAAAGACGAGGAGACCUACCGACGAUCGAGGGAGGAGAGGAAGAGCUUGAAGGAGCAGGAAUGCAUCGAGAGGGUGACGGAAUUCCUGACGAGGCACAGCAUUCCGUCUUAUUCUGAUGUAAAUGUCGGCCUCGAAGCCGCGGAACCCUCCGUUCCCGAAGUCGUGGACGAGCAACUGGAGCAACGAGUCAAACGUCCAUCGGCUAUUAGCAAAGAAGGAGAGACCACAGGCCUCUCAACGACAAUCGAAACGUCCGUCGCGUCCACAAAGAGGAGAGAGAGCCUGAAAAGUGUAUCUGAGGUAAUGGAGAAAACGAAGGAUUCUCUGGGAGACUCAAAGCUCGCAAAGGACGCCAAGAGACUCUCGGAGAGCAAGAAGCAACGGCCAACUUUGGAAAGAACCGCGGCGGCCGUUUCAGAAGUUCGGCAACCCGAAUCGACGGUUCAAGAACCCGCAAAACGACCGAGCUCGUUGAGGAAAAGGAGAGACUCCUUCUCCAGAGAAUCCUCGAGGGAAUCGUUGUUGGAGGAGAAAAAGGGUGUCAGGAUUCAAGAGGACGUACAGGAGAUCUUCUUCGACGAUACGAGCGAUCAGGUAACCGAUCUGUUGCCGGAGGUCCACCUGGUGACUGCCAGAAUCAUCUCGGCGGAAGAGGCGUCGGCGCUUCGCUUUGAGGAGGCGGCCACCAGAAUCAAGAUCCACUCGCCGCCAGAAGUAUAUCUCGUUCCAGAGACGGUUAAAACAAAACUGACGCGGGCGCCGUCGCCGGAAGUCGUCGACGUCUCAACGUUGCAGCUGCCCGCCUUGGCGAAAUCGACGUCGGAGAGUACUUUAGCGGAAGGCAGGCCCAGCUCCGACGAGGAUCACAAAGUCUCCGUGAGAAAUCUGAAGCCGGAGAUCCUUUGGGAUCUCUCGAAGGUCUCUGAUAACGACGAAGAGGUCGAGGAGACGGGCGAGGACGGUAGAGACGUCAAGGAAAGGCGGCUCAGCAGAACCGGAAGCGAAGGCUCGAAGAGAUUAGCUAAGCUUCAGAAACAGGAACAAUUUCCUUUCAAAAUCGGCAGCCUCGCGCAGCCAGACGAACCGGAACUGACGAUCCUGCACGAAGGUCCGACAGAGAAAAGAGGAAGUGUCGGAGACGUUACGAGAAAGAUUACAACGGAGAGCACGAAGGAAGAUGAUGGCAUUUUAAGUGAGUUCCAAGUUCGACGCGAAUCCAAGGGAUCCAUCCGCGUUCCAAAGGACUUCGCGACUCCUCGCGAAGUUGCUGACAGUGCGAUUCCAGCGAAGGAAGCGCGUGAUUAUGAACAGACUCCUUCGAGAGAGAGACGCUCGCCGUUGGAGGAAGCGAUUCUUAAGCACGAGGAGGAUCUGAUCUGCAAGGAGCAUUCGCUCGAGUAUCAGAGUCAAACGCUCGAGAGCCAAUCGGACCAUCUGUUUCACGAGGUAUUCACUACCUCGGUGGAGGAUUUGCUAACAACAGUGCCUGAGAGUUGGACCCGCGAAGUUUACGAGGAAAGUCUCGACGAGGUCGAGCAGAGCUUCAAGGAGACGCAGUACUCGCCUAAGGAGAAGCGUGAUGUACAGACGCAGACUGUGCAGGAAUCGAAGAGCACGCAGUGCAGCCCCGAACAAAGUGUGACAAGCCCGUGCGAGGAACCGCCCAGGAUCAGCCCCUUCCACAUCGGCCAGAGGUACUUCCAGAGUCCCAAACGGGAAGUGCAGACGCAGACUCAGGGCGAGAACAAGAGCGUCCAGUGCUCGUUGGACAAUCUGGGUGAUCUUACGAGAAGCGACGCCACGUUCUCGGAUCAGGAGUCGAAGAGCAUUCAGUGCAUCCCGGAGGACAUCUCCGCGAGAUCGUCCGACAGGUCGAGGUCCUCAUCUCGCGAGGACACCCUGCGCAGCCCGCGACGUGAGGCCGAGGUACAGACCUACCAGGAGUCGAAGGCGAUCCAAUGCAGCGACGACGAGCUGCUCGAGGCUGAUCAAGCGUCGAGUGCCGAUCGUCCGGAGCCCGCGCAUCAAAGUAGACCAGCCAGCUCGCCCUCGUCGAGCUCGAGUUCGCCACGCAAGUUUCCGACUGUCGUCUUCGUGGAGGCCAAGGGGGACAUGACCGUCACGCACAGGGAGCACGAUGGCGACGUCACCUGGUCGAAGCAUUGGGGUCCCGAGAGAUUGGUCGAGAUAUACAGAGAGCCGAAGGCCAGCCUAGGGCUCAGCAUUGUCGGUGGAAAGGUCGAUCUGCAUAACGGCGGACCCAGCAAAACGCAGAACAUUUCUGGGAUAUUCAUAAAGAAUGUCCUGCCGAACAGUCCGGCUGGUAGAACCGGUGGUCUCAAGAUUGGAGAUAGAAUAAUUGAGGUGGACGGCGUCGACUUGCGGCACAGUACGCACGAGCGGGCAGUGGAAGUUAUACAAGCCGCCGGAAAUCCUGUCAGCCUCCUCGUCCAGUCCUUGGUGAAUUUGAGCCCAGAGCACGGCGGCGCCGUCCAGGAGGAAAGGGAUACCAAAGCCCGAAGGCAGACUGUCAAGAGUCAUACAUCGUCGUCUUCCGGCGUCAGUCCUGGAACGCCGACGGCCUCCUUUCGCCAUAAACCACCGCCGGUUUCGCCCGCGAGAUCCAUCACGCCGGAAGUAAUACAGCCAGGACUCGGGGACGGCGUUUCACGCGGAGAUACUCACAGGCAAAGCUCGAAAAGUUCGGAUGGCUCGGCUUCUGGUUCCCGAAGAUCCUCCAUGAAGAAGUCAAUUCGGAAAACAGCCCCGUCGCCACCCGUGAAUCCGGGUAUCCUUCGCGAGGUCAGCGAGGAACGGGAGGAUCACGCGUCCUCCGCCGUCGCGCAGCCUGCCUCGAAGCCCAAGUAUUCCUCGGACGAGAGCUCAGACGAGGAAGACACGCGUAUGCUAGAGGGAAAUGUCUACACAAAGAGCGGCAUCGAGAUCUCGCGGAAAAGCGCCGGAAACGUGAAACGCACGAAGUCGGAGAUCGAAGCGGAUCCGGAGCAAGAGGACGAGUUCGGCUACACGAUCAUGAAAAUACAGAAGAAAUACCAGAAUCUCGGGCAUAAGGUCGUGAUGGUCACCCUCGAGAAGGACAGGAGGGGAUUGGGCAUCUCUCUGGCGGGACAUAAGGACAGAAACCGAAUGGCGGUGUUCGUCUGCGGUCUCAAUCCGAAGGGUGCAGCUUACAAGAACGGCGGGCUUCUCAUCGGCGACGAGAUAUUGGAGAUAAACGGCUGCGCAUUGCAAGGACGAUGUCAUCUGAACGCUUCCGCGCUUAUCAAAGGCAUGCCCGGUACUCUCUUCAAAAUCAUCGUUUAUCGACGAUCGAAGGCUGUCGACGACAUCGCCGUAAAGCCGAUAGUCCAAUUUCCACCAACCUUGGAUGACGUUUAUAUAGACUUCAAGAAGUACAAGGGAGUCCGUGACGUACGAGUGAAGAAGAGUCAAUACGGCCUUGGCAUAAUGAUUAUCGAAGGGAAACAUCUGGCUGUAGGACAAGGUAUCUUCGUGUCCGACAUUCAAGAAGGCAGUGCCGCAGAACAGGCUGGGUUGCAAGUGGGCGACAUGAUCCUGGCCGUUAAUCUGGAUAGCUUGUUAGGUCGCACGUACGACGAGGCGACGGAGUUAUUGAAGAAAGCGGAAGGUGUCGUUAAACUAGUGGUUUGCAAUCCUAACGAAAAUAAAGAACAGAAGGAGAAGGAAAAGCCUAAGGGUCAGGAACUUAAGGAUGAUUCUUCAAUUUCGGUUGCACAGAAGACUCCGCAAAAGGGUGGGGCAGUGGGGACCGCCAAGGAAGCGGUGGAACCCGAAGAGAAGAAAGUCCGGCAGGAUCCAAAGACAUGCAAGAUAGAUGUCGGCAAGGAAAUAACGAUAGAAUUUCAGAAGGAGAAGAAUCAAGGUAUAGGUUUCUACAUCGCUGGUGGUUCUAACACUCCUUGUAACGGGGUAUUUGUUUUGGACGUAUCUCCCGAAGGUGCAGCUGGGAAGGAUGGUCGAUUACAGCCAGGCGAUCAGAUUCUCAGCAUAGGCAGCGAUAGCUUUCUGGAGAUAGAGCACGACAAAGCUCGCGAGACAGUCCUGAAGCAAGCUCCUGGGACUAUCACGAUGACGGUGUUGCGCCACGAGAAACCAACCGAGGAAUACGAGGUCGAGAUACAGAAGAAAAGCGGCAAAGGAGCUGGUCUCUGUUUUGCCGCGUUCUGGAGCAACAAGGGAGUCUACGUGAAGGAACUAACAGCGGGCGGUCAGGCCAUCGAAACCGGCAAGAUCUGCAAAGGUGAUCAACUCGUAGCGAUCGGUGGAUUGGACGUUCGCGACGCUUCCCUGGACGACAUCGCCUUUCACAUGAAGAUAUCAAAUCCGCUGCAAAUGAAGCUAGCUAGGUACCAUUCCGCCAAACAAUGACAGGGUUCUGCGGGCGGAACUCUCAGCGUGUGUCCCGACGUACGAAGAAGCGCCUGCAGACACCAUGGAUUCUAGUGUGAUAUACAUAGGUAAAAUAACGCCUCGAUAACCGUGUGAGUACCUUUGUUACGAGAGCCGCGUACAGCAGAGUGGCGCGGCUCGUUCUAUUAUUUACACGCCAGCGUCGCCAAUCGAUCUUGCCGUUCGAGCUCACGGACUCGCGUGCGACCCGAGACGUGAGACAGAGAGAAAGAGAGAGACAGAAGUAGAACGAAAAGGACAGAGCACUGCACAUACACACAGAGCGCGAUGACUCACAAAAGUUCACAUCAAUCCGAAUCCGGGAGCCGGCGGAGGAGAGAAUUUUUUGUAAACAGCUUAUAGAGGGUACCAGAUCAAGUGAAAUCCCGUCGACGCGCAAGUCGAUCGAGUCCGUAAACAAUUCCGUCUGCCGAUGUUCGCCCUCGUGCAAGUAGCCGAUACGAAAUAUCUUAUAUACAUACACACACUUUAUUAUAAUUAUAUAGCGACGUAAUGCGUUUAUCGCCGAGACGAGAGUUCAAUAACGGCGAAGUUGAGGGUUCGUUUCGUUCGGCAUAGGAGGCUGCAGGACAGAUAAAUCAAUAAUAAUCGGCGAGUCUCACGAAGGGGGAAAGCUGCGGGAUCGUCCAGAUCUGGUCUUUUCUCUUCGGAUUACGCCGUUCCCCUCGUAUUCCCGAUACAAAAUCGAAUCCGCUUGUACAUUUCGUACACUUAGGGCAAAGACAAAGAUAGUAGAACCGAUUGUAGCGCGCGUUUUCUCGAUAAGCGAAAUAUUUUCCCUCAUUCUUUUUUCUUUUUACGAUAAGACUCUAGUCCAGCCCGAGAUCGACGUUUCGGCGUUUCUCGCCUUCAUUAUCACUCUCGCCCGCGUCGCCGCCGUUCCCGCCACCGUAGCGUUACUAUUGUCGUAUAUUGUAUUUUUUAAUAUUAAUAAGAAGCACACGCGGGACGAUGUACGAGCCGCGUCGGAAAUGUACGGGAAAACUUCAGUUGGUGUGCAUAUAUAUCGAUCGUUGUGAAAAGUUCUUCUCAUCUGUCCAAGCUUGCUAUUAAAGUAACGUCAAUUUGGUAAAACUCGUAAGUAGACUUUUACGUAAGGCACAGCUUAAUUUACAAAUCAAUAAAAGCGGAAUAAACGCGUUAUCGAAUUACUGUACCGAUAAAUGGAUUUUUAUUCUUAAACGACAUUCGCGCGAACUUUGCGUAACUCGCGCGCGGAUAUCGUUCGAGGCGGCUUGUACGUCGGUGUAAAAUACCAAUCAGUGUAGAAUAUCGCCUAAAGGACAUUAGAGAUAAGGCAAGGAGAGGCACACACAUCCUUCGAGCAGACCGACGAAACACUCUAAGCGGUCGCGUCGAAUGUCGAAACGUCGAUCGAGAGGAUCAUUUAGCUGUAAGUGCUUGGAGACGCGCGUUCGAGUUCAUGUCCGACGCGAUCUCGCCGUACAAUCGAGGUGUUUCUCAGCACCAAAAUGGAUGGCGGAUAUCAUCCCGAGUGUUCAAGCGUUUCUUUAUGCUCUGACCGCCAUCAGCACGGCAGGUGACGCGUCGAAAAGCUAGACUGGCUUGUUGAGUACACAUAGAUAAAUUAAAUCCUACCGUGUAACUAGUCCUUAUAACAUAUAGCUUAGAGAUUUUCAAACAGAGAAAGAAAAAACAAAUACAGAAAGAGAAAUUAUAUAUAUAUAUAUAAAUAAAUAAGUAAAUAUAUGAAUAAUAAUGUAAAAUAGAAUCUAUAAUAGGAAUCGCGGAACAUGUUAAUUUAACGAGUCGCCCGUAUCUGUCAUCGCGUGAGUGGUUGCACGUUCUUAAAGAACGUUUUGCAUUUGAAUCUCGUAUAGUUUAUCGUAGCGAGACGUUCAUAAAGGACGUCGAUUCUGUCUCUGGCCGGUGGCUCGAAGAUGAGUAAUGUCAUUAAAAUUGUUAGUUGUACGAUCAUUAUUAUUAUAUAUAUAUAUAUAUUAUAUAGUAUAUUAUGACGAGUUGUAUAAAGAAUUAAUUAUUGUGUAUUGUACGAUGCGUUAUCGUAUUAAAGUUUCGGACAGCAGAGAAAUAGAGGGACUUUGAAAAUCGGAAAGCGAACUAUGUUCAAAAUAACGAUCAAUAUUGAUCAGUAAUUAUUAUUAUUCAUUAAUACGUAUUAAGGAUACGUAUAAAGCACGUUACUCCUCAAAUUUAUCCAUAGUAAUUUAUACAAACGUGCGAAACUGUUUCUUUACUCUCUAAAUCUGAAUCAGUGAAUAGUCACUGAUAUUAGUGUAAAGUAUGUCACUUUUCGUGAAUCAGGCAUACUUUAUACACUGAUAUCAGUCACUAGGUAUUCACUGAUUCAGAUUUAGAGAGUA